AAACUCUCCAAACUGCUCCAUCCUCCCUGACACUUGUUGCUGCCUGCCUGCCUGCCUGCCUGCGCCGGGACAGGCCACCUGUCCUGAACCGCCUCAGCAACUCCUUAGGGAUUACCCGCGGGUGAGUGAUGAACUCCAUCGACCCUCAGUCCCAUCACCAGCACCAGCACCAGCACCAUCACCAUCACCAUCACCAGCAGCAGCACACCUCCCCUACCGUCGGCUCUCUCCCACCCAAAGGCGCCCAGGAGGCCCCGGACAUGGCCGCCGUGUACUGCGACAACCUGAGCAGCAUGUACCACCAGCAGAGCCUGCAGGGCGCGCAGAGACCCGCCGGCUACGGCCUCGGAGAUUACGCAUCGUCUCCGAACCCGUACCUGUGGCUCAACGGGCCGGGCGUCAACUCGUCCGCGUCUUACCUGCACGGCAAUAACCCGACGUCGUUCAUCCCGCCCUCCUACGGCUCGCAACGGCAGUUCCUCACCAACUCACCCGGCUUCGGGGGGCCCGACCUGGGCUGGCUGUCCAUCGCCAGCCAGGAGGAGCUGCUGAAGCUGGUGCGGCCGCCCUACUCCUACUCCGCGCUCAUAGCCAUGGCCAUCCAGAACGCGCACGAGAAGAAGCUGACCCUGAGCCAGAUCUAUCAGUACGUCGCGGACAACUUCCCGUUUUAUAAGAAGAGCAAAGCCGGCUGGCAGAACUCGAUCCGGCACAACCUGUCCCUGAACGACUGCUUCAAGAAAGUGCCGAGGGACGAGGACGAUCCAGGAAAAGGAAACUACUGGACGUUGGACCCAAACUGUGAGAAGAUGUUUGACAACGGAAACUUCCGGCGGAAAAGGAAAAGACGUUCAGAUCCGAGCAGCGCCGGGGCGGCGGCGGUGGCGGCGGCUGCGGGGGCCACCAAGGUGGAGGACGGCCGGCCCGCGGUGGCGUCCCCGCCGAAACCUUCAGAAAGUCCUCCGCUGCUGGGGCCGCCCUCGCCGGAGAUGGACGCCAUGAGCGAGACCCACAAGGGUUCGUCGUCGGCUUCGCCGCCCGGGCUGGCCUCGGCCGCCCCUUGUUUUAAUAACUUUUACAGCAGCAUGUCCACGCUGAGCUCGGGGGCCCCCGGCCGCCAGGGGUCCCUGGGACUGGUCAACGAGCUGUCCAAUAGGAACAUAACGGCCCUGAGCCCGUACCACCUGAACCACGGCGGGCAGGACACGGGCCCGUCGGAGCACGGCGACGGCUUGGCUUUCAACCGGGGAGUGUACUACAACACGUUUGGCGGCGGGCAAGGGGGACAGUUCAACGGUCACUUCUACAACAGCUUCAGCGUCAACAGCCUCAUUUACCCCAGAGAGGGGACAGAGCUAUAGGACUCCAUUCCAACACCACUUCCCACUGUUUUUAGGAACCCGGCCGAGAGGUCAGAGUGCAUGCUGGGUCGCGGCUCCAUCAACACGGCCCUCCCUUCCACUCGUCGGUUCACAGACACAUUAGA